GGUCCGGAUUUUAGGCCUGGUGGUGCCGGCGGCUCCGCACUGCGUCUGCCUGGGGUGGCCUUCGCGGUAAGGAAAAGUCGGGUUUGGGAUGGGUCCGCUUCCCCCUUCCCUCCCUCCCAAGCUUCCCUUCCCUGGCCUUCCUUUUUGCCGGCUUCAUGUUUCCGCAAAGCUCUGGGGUGAGGAGGGGGGGAAGAGGGGGAGAAAGCUGUCGCCCCAAAUUGCCCCGUGCCUCCUGGCCUCAUUCACUACCCCGAGGAGGGAAAACCGGCGUUUCGGUUCACUUUCUCUUUCUGUUUUUCUUCUGCCAUUGAGACCCUUGUGACUUUCUGAUAGCUUUAAAGUUUAUGGGGUAACACCAAACUCCAAAACGCUAAAGCUCUUGGACUGGCACACCUCUCUUGUCACGCCUUGGUUCGUUGUCACUUAAAGGAAUAGCGAAAAGGUGGCUUCCCCCGCCCGCCCCUAUCCCCCCAACGCUUUGAUAUACCUUAAACUGAAAGCCUUGGAUUCAUUGGCCUGCCUGAACUCCGGUUGUGUGGAAGCUUUGUUGUGUAUUGCUUUUAAAAGGGGAAUGUGGGAUGCCUUGUACAAUAACACAUUUUUCUUCUUAUGUCUCUUAAAUUGGGAAAGCUAAAGUGGCAGAUUAAUUGCUGACAUAGGUAUCAUGUUGGACUCUUGGCUUUUCUUUUAAAAAAAUGAUUGGUUAAAGGAAAUGAAGAUACAUGUACCACAAUAGUAGACUGUAAAUUGCCUACUAGGAUUAUACGUCACCAAAAAGGGAAAUGUAUUUUACCUUGGUUGCAUGUCACUCCCACAAGAACUGAAAGAAGCAUCAUUAGGAAUCAUAUCUUUUCCUUCUUGUUGGGUUUGUGCGUAUAUCAGUACAUAUGUGAAUGUAAGGCACUUACUUUAGAAAUAAAGGAGAUAUGCUUACAAUGGAGACAAUUCAUCUCUAAGACAAGAGAAACUCUUUAAUGAUAUAAAUGUUUAAUCAACAGGUUAUUGAGAAUGUUAGCAGUCCUGUAUGGUACUUCGUUAAAUAUCAUAAUUGAGAGUGGUGCACUUGUAAUAAGAGUUUGCAAGGUCAAAAAUCAAUAUAUGUGAGGUCAUUUACUAACAUGUCAAAGUGUUUUGGUAUAAAGAGAACCUUUUUCUAUCUAGAGUAUUAACUCUGCCUGCAUAAAAAUCUCUGUUCCAUUUAAUAUGAAAAUAAGCUGACAUUUUCAUUAAUCUCAGUUAGGCGUCAGUCAAGGACCAAACAGCAGAGUUCUAGAAAAAUCAUCAAGGUUGAAAUGCAAGCACUGACCUCGAGAUAGUCUAAUCCUUGCUAUGUCAAACACUGACCUCGACAGUCUAGUCCUUGUUAUGUGCUCUUCGUUGUCUGCGAGCAGCAGUUUUCUGUCAGAAGCGAGUUUGCAGGAGACGCGUUAGGUCCUCCAGCAAGUGUUCCUAGACCACUUCUUUAAACUUUUGUUCUCCAUAACCAUCCGUUCCAAUUGAGAGGAUAUAUCACUUUGACGGCUUCCCAGAUUGAAGGAUUCUCCAGAAUACCAUAGAUGCAGCACUGUGUUACUGCUACAGAAAAGGGGAACUGACGGGUUUCAGAGAAGGAGCCUGCAAUUUGAACCUUAGGUGAUCCAUAUAGUUCUCUUUGAGGAGUCAAAAAGCAGACAGCUCAUGACUUCUGAUCAGGACACUAAAGUUGUGGCUGAACCGCAGGUACAGCAAGUGCAGGAAGUAAAGGAUAGUUCUCCUCUGGAACCAGCCAAGGUUUCAGAAUUAAAUCCUAAUGCAAAAGUGUGGGGGAAUCACAUGGUACAUGUGGAAGCAAGUGGUACUGAAGGGGGUGUGAGCAAACCCUGGGAAGAAGUAACAGAUCACCCACCUGAUUCCUGUAAAGAAGCAUUAGAGGCCAAUGGUGAUGGUGACAAAAAACACCAGAACGAAUCGUUAAAAGAACAUCAAGAACCAUCACUAUCUGUUCCAUUAUCAAAUCAAACAGAUAUGAACUCUUUGGCUCUAGAUCAUGCAGAGUACAAAACUGUACAUGAAAACACUGAGUCAGGGAGUAAAGAAGAUCUUCGGCCAGAAGAUCAAGAAGAGCUACGAGAAGCUCUUAAAAAAACACUGGAGUUCUGCUUAUCAAGAGAGAAUCUUGCUAGUGACAUGUACCUUAUAUCGCAAAUGGACAGUGAUCAGUAUGUGCCAAUAAUGACCGUAGCUAAUCUUGAUCACGUCAAAAAGUUGACUACAGAUAUGGAUUUGAUUGUUGAAGUGCUGCGAUCAUUGCCUUUAGUCCAAGUAGAUGAAAAAGGUGAAAAAGUCAGGCCAAACCAAAAUCGCUGCAUUGUAAUUUUGCGUGAAGUACCUGAAUCCACUCCAAUUGAAGAGGUCCAAGCACUCUUCAAAGGCGACAACCUGCCUAAGUUCAUCAACUGUGAGUUUGCCUAUAAUGACAACUGGUUUAUUACAUUUGAGUCUGAAGCGGAUGCACAACAGGCUUACAAAUACCUUAGAGAAGAUGUGAAAACUUUCCAAGGAAAGCCAAUUAAGGCAAGAAUAAAAGCAAAAGCAAUAGCUAUAAAUUCAUUUUUGCCAAAGAAUGGCUACAGACCUGUGGACAUGAAUAUCUACGCACAACAGCGUUAUACAACAUCAUUUGCAUACAUACCUCCAGUAUAUGGACCCCAACAGCAAUUUCCACUAUAUAGUUUAAUUGCACCACAAGCCUGGUCUACAACACAUAGCUAUAUUGAUCCGUCAUUGGUCACCCCAUUUCCAAAUACUGGAUUUAUCAAUGGAUUUACAGCUCCUACCUUCAAGCCAACUGUUGCUCCACUUGCUACUCUUAGGCAGUAUACACCAAGAACCAGAAAUCCCAGCAAAUCAUACCUACGGCAUACAAUUCCUACUGUAGACAGAGGGACUGGAUUGCUAGAGAGCCCUACAAUAUUCAAUCUUUCUGCUGACCGAUUAAUCAACGGUGUCAGGACCCCACAAACCAGGCAGCCAGGACAAAACAGAACACGGAUGCAAAAUACUACAAGCUACAUAAAGCGAGAUGUAGGGAGCGGGCGAGUAGAAUCCAUGGCUUCAGAUUCAUCCCCCAGCUUAGGCAGAGGAAGAAAAAACACUUAUGGCUAUCGAAAAAAGAGAGAUGACAAGUUCGUGAGAGGACAAACGCAGUCUCCACCCACUACAAAACCACCAUCUCCAAGUUUUGAGCUGGGGUUAUCCAGUUUCCCUCCCUUACCUGGAGCUGCUGGCCAUCUAAAGACCGAAGACUUGUUUGAAAACAGAUUGUCAAAUGUGAAUGUAUCACCAAAAGAAAAAGGCAUCAGUGUAGGUACAAACACAGUACCAGCUGGAAUUCCACGUGAGCUUUUUUUGCCAGCUUCUUCUGCUCUGCCAGGGACAUCUGAAGCAUCUUCUUCCGCAUCCAAAGCUACUGAUGAUCCCAAAGCUAUCGAGAAGCAGAAAGAAACCCAAAGUACUCAAAGACAUUGUUGCAUUGUUACUACUGCUUCUAAAUCAGUACAAGUCAAUGGGGAUCUUCUAGCACAGGAACGGCGGAAACCUAGCUAUGCAGAAAUCUGCCAGAGGAUUAGUAAGGAUGCAGCUCCGUUGCAAUCCCCAAAAGAACAGAAGCCAAAUAAUGUUGUUUGUGGGAAAGAGGAAAGGAAACCCACAGAAACACUAGAAAGAAGCAGAGAAUUGAAGUCUAAAGACCAGUGGAGACCAUCAGGACGCAGGUCUCCUCUUCCUCCAGCCAUUGGGAAACGUCCGACUAAAGAACAGAGCACUCCUCCCAAAUCUCCUCAGUGAAAGUAGCACUUAGGAGGAAUUUCAAGAAGUUUUCAGUAUGAAGCUACCCUAUGUUGACAUUCAGAGUACAAAGAAGGAGUUGCUGGUUAAAAGCUUGCAGGGGUUAUGAAGUAUAUGAAAUGAUUGCUAGGGUUUUUUUUGUUGUUUAUUGUUAUUGUUUAUUUCUUUCUUUCUUUUUUUUUGUAAAAUAGAUUUUUUUUCCUUCUCUUUUCUUACAUCCUUAUCAUCAAAUUUCCCUUGAGCAAACAGUCAAUUCCUUCAGGAUUUAAUUAAACUUUAUGUUAGUUGGUGCUGAACUUAAGCCGAUGCUGAAGAAAUACUGAAAACUAAUAAUAGCAGCUAAUACAUAAGGUAUAAAGCAGAACAGAUGCUUUAUAAAUCAGUAAGAUAAGUGUAACUUUUUUUUUUUGAAAUUCCAGUUGCUUUAGCAAAUUGGCAAACAGGCUAUAUAUAUUUUUUUUAAGUUUAAAAAAAUAAAACUGGUUCUAAUAUUUUUGUUCUUGGCCAAAGGAGAAUUUCAUAAAGAUUUACUGAGAGUUCUCUAAAUUAUUUGUAUUGAUAGACAGUAAGCAAGUAACCAGUUUCUCAGUCCAAGCUGAAAUGAUUUCAGGAAAAGAAAAGAAAAAAAGCACAUUAGGAAUUAAAUAAAUGUGCCCUUGUGUAUGGCAGGUGCAAGCUAAUGGCAGUUUUUCACAAGAGAGCACAAUAGCACUCUUGUGAUGAGAUUUCUUUUUUUUUUUCCUUCCUCAACUGAGGAAGGAAAAUUUUGAACCCUUUUCUGAUUGAACCCCGUGCUCUGUCUAAGUUUUCAAAACUGUGUUCCAAAUGCUCUUUGAAAGAGUUCAUAUCUUAAUCAGCCUGAGUGCUGACAUGUUCUAUAACUACCAACAUUGGCAUAUGGAUUUAAUUUCUUUUUUUUUUUAGUCCACGAAUUGAUGGUGUUUUAGUAUGUGUGUGCAUGUAUGCGGAAGAAGGAAAUUGCCCUUUAUUCUGCCUGGGGUGAGAUUUAUCACAUUUACUUUAGAAGCAACAUGCUUCCUGAAGGACAAGGCUGCACUUAAAUUAAUAAAUUUCUAAUAACGGUGGUGAUAAAUUAUUUUUUGUUUUAAAUAGCUAAAGUUUUUUCCUUUGGGUGUUUAAGCAGCAGAUGGUUCAGAUCAAAAGGUGUUCCUGCUAAGUAGUUUAUCCCACCUACACACAUACACACACACUCAUACACGCACGCAUAUACACCAAAAGAUUUAUUUAAACAGCUGAUUUUUUUUAAAAAAAAAGAAUUAUUUCCAUCCAAUCUUUAAAGACUUGAAUUUUAUUUAAACUUGAAAAUGACUUUGCCUUAACUUUUGUAUAAGACAGCUUAGAAUUAUUGAAGUCUGACCCCAUUAAGGGUUAGCACGGGGUGGCAUAUACAGAAUUACUCAGUUACAGUAUCUAUGUAUUGUCACUGGUCUGACUGGGUAAACAUACUCUAGUACAGGUCAUAGUGGCAGUUUUUGUAAUAUACCUUGAAAGAUCUUAAGCAGUUGAUCUUUUUCAAAAUGUUGAAAAAAAACUGUAAAUGGAAAUAGUCAAUACUGUAUUAAGAUGUGCACUUGGAAGUGUGUGCUUUUGCUUGUACAGGUGUAAAUAAUCAGAACAUAUAAAAAGGUACCAUUAAAAAACCUGAUAAAAAUUAUUGAUAUAUUAUAAAUGUUGCUGUUGAACUGGAUGUAGAUAACUAAGUGUUGUGGUUUGAAUAUUACUUUAAUUUGUUUUUCCCUUGUUUCUUUUCUUUACUCUGAUAUGUUGAGCUAAGUCUGCCUCUUCACUGCUAAGGGGAAUGGAAGGAAGUCUGUCUUUAAAAGUCCUGACAUUGUAAAUACUUCCUGGAAGUUUUGCAUUUCAUUCAUAUGGAACACAGGUGUGCAGUAUAAAUUUCAAUUCCUAGGAGCUGAAAUUAGUAUUUUGAUGAAUUAGAAAAGAACAGCAUUGCCACCAGAAGCUCCCACCCCAAGUACACUCAAGUAUUUGUAGGCCAACACAUUAGUAAAACUGGAUUUAAAUUUCCACGUAGCUAUUUAAAAAGCAAACAAAUAAAAAUCCUAGGGCAGUUGAUCUCCUAACAUAAGUUGCUGCUAUUUAUAACUAUCCUUAUCAAAAGAAGAACAAGCAAACCAUCUUGCUCCUUGCACUGCAGACUUUAAAAAUGGCAAGUUGAGUCUUGUUUGUUAUUUCCUGAGAAGACACACAAGGAAGGAGUCAAAAAUCACCUUAAGUAACAUUGGUUUAACAUUGAUCCUCCCACCCACCCCCACCCCCAUCCCAUGAGCAGUGAAAGGGGCAGUGAGACUGGAGGUAUAAUUUUGGCCAGCUAUGAGGUGUCUUCGUUUGCCUGCUGAGAGCAUGAAUAAAACAGCUGCAAACAAAGAGAGAAGUGGCCACAAGUAAUAGAGCUAAUCAUCGGAGCUAGCUGAUACAAUAACUUUUGCAGGUCAGUAGAUAGACUGCAUUGUUUUUAAUGCAUUUGCUGCUGCUCUUUAUACUAGGCUAAUACACUGUAAUUCUCACUCAAAUAACAGUCUGUGACAAAAGUUUGAAACUGUUACUGUGAUGGCUUUUUCUUUAAAAGAAAGUGUCAUGCCAAAUAACUUCUCCAGUAAUUUUUUAACAUUUUCAUUUUCCAACAGUUCAGGACUAUUUAACAACACAGGCUAUUUAUGUUUAACUAUUCAGAUCUGCCUUUCUUUUUUUUUAAAGUCGUCUUAAAUUAUUGAGUUGCAGGUUAAAACAGGGAGAACCCGUUGGAAAAGGUGGACAGGACAGGAUAAGACUACUUUGGUGCUCCUUGUAAUAGAAUUAUAUAGGUUCUUUUGAGUCUGUUUAUUCAAAGGAUGCAUUCAAAUAUGAAUUUUUGUUUCUGCAUAUUUAAUAUGUACAGUAUUUUUGCCUUAGGGUGUCCUAUCUACCAUUAUUAUCCUUGCUCCAAUUUUGCAUCUUAUCAGAAAAAAAAAACCCAAUAAAUUGUCAAGCUCUUAAUUUUGGUGUUUUUUUUCCCCUGCCUCUCUUCUGGAAUUAGAACUUGUUUUCAGAGAGGUGUCAUUCCUUGGAUGCCAGUGGCAUUCUCACAACCAUUGGUUGACCAAGGUUUCCACUUGUUUCUAUAUCCCUUUCAACAUGCUGUAAUUUUUAGGGGUUACAGGCCCAAAUCAGACUGCUAGCAGCGGACAAUCAAAGGUUACUGCAAAGUGAUAGCUGCCAAGUCAUUAAAGCAAAAAUGUCAUAGGGAGGCCAUAUUUUUCCUGAAGGUGGAUUUUUAGUUCUUCUGUUUAAGACUGGAAUCAAGCUUACAUGUAAACUAUUUGAUAAUUUAAGUUUCCUUUUAUGUCAUAAAAUGUACAACUGUCUAAAAAUGUAGGUUAUGAAAAAUAAAAAGAUUUAGCACUGUU